UGCAAUGGUCAAGAUCAAAUGUACCCAUUUUGACUACUCUAUCAUCAGAAAAAUACACAGUCACAGUCAACUCUAUUUUUCCUAAAUUAGAUUUAGCAACAAUGGAAGAACAGCAGACUCCUAACCUCUUGACUCCAGUGACCGAAGAAAUGGAAAAGGAGCCGACUCCUAUCAACUUGCCUCAAGCGCACCGAGUCAGUUCAUCUUGCUGGACAGAGUGGUUUGAUAGAGAUGACCCCAGUGGAACUGGGGACUGGGAAACUCUCUUCCAUCUUCACAUGGCGAACCCAGGAAAGAUCUGCCCAAACCCACUAGCUAUUCAGGUCCAAACUCUAACUGGGCUCACUGUAGCUCAAACAGGGGAUGUGAUUUAUAGGUAAGUUCUGACCGAGUAUAUAUAGUUCUGAUCGAGUAUAUAUAAUGUCAAUGUGUUGAAUGCAAUGAUUCAUAUUGUGUUCUACUGAAUGUGAUGAUUUAAUGUUGCUAUAUGAUGUGUUUGUGAGACCAA